AUGUUUGGAACUGUGAGCGUUAAACUGCCGGUACUGCUGCUGUUAAUGCUGGAGUAUUUAUCACAUCCUGCCACGUCCUAUAAAAACGGCACAAUAGAAAGCAAUCCGACCAGCACUGUAUUUAAUGAUACAAAUGCAUUUGUUAUAAAUUCUGGUAAUACGACUGAAGAUGUGGCUGAUCCGGAGCGCACGGCGAAACCCGCAGUUAAUGACACUAAGCGCAAUGUGACUGAUGGGCAGAAAGAAAACAAUGAUACAGGACACAAUACUAAACACAACUGUCCACCUCUAGGUCUGGAGUCUCUGAGAGUGUCUGAUUACCAGCUACAGGCUUCUACAUCUUUGAGCAAUGGAUUAGGCCCCCACCGUGGACGCCUUAACAUUCAGUCAGGUCUGGAGGAUGAAGAUGAAUAUGAUGGGGCAUGGUGUGCUGCCACAGAGGAUAAGGACCAAUGGUUACAGCUGGAUUCUCUUAGAAUGACACUUUUUACAGGGGUCAUUCUACAAGGAAGAAAUUCCAUCUGGAGCCUGCACUGGGUCACUAAGUACAAGGUGCAGUUUAGUAAUGACUCCAUAACUUGGCAACCCUGCAUGAAUGGAUCACAAGAAGCAGUGUUUGCAGGCAAUUUUGAUCUGGAGACACCUGUGCUGGCUUUGUUCCCCAAGCCCACAGUGGCCCAGUACAUUCGCAUUAACCCACAGAACUGGUUCAGAAAUGGCACUAUCUGUCUAAGAGCUGAAAUUCUGGGCUGCUCCAUGCCAGAUCCUAAUCAUCUGUAUCCAUGGGAGCCAGAGAGGGUUUCCACAGACAAGUUAGAUUUCAGACAUCAUAACUAUGCUGAGAUGAGAAAGUUAAUGAAGGACGUGACUGAUGAGUGUCCUGAUAUAACACGGAUCUACACUAUUGGGAGGAGCUACACUGGUCUUAAACUUUAUGUUAUGGAGAUUUCAGAUAAUCCUGGAAAACAUGAACUAGGAGAACCAGAGUUCCGCUAUGUUGCUGGAAUGCAUGGUAAUGAGGCUUUGGGUCGGGAAUUAGUGUUGAACCUUAUGCAGUACAUCUGUCAAGAGUACAAACGUGGAAAUCAGCGAAUAAUUCGGCUUGUGAAAGAGACGCGUAUACAUCUUUUACCUUCCAUCAACCCUGACGGAUAUGAGGCAGCAUAUCAAAAGGGUUCAGAGCUUUCUGGCUGGGCAUUAGGUCGCUACAGCUAUGAGGGCAUUGACAUGAACCAUAACUUUCCUGAUCUCAACAACAUCAUGUGGGAUGCUCAGGAGGUGGCAACAGACAAGAAGAAAGUCAGCAAUCACUACAUCCCCAUGCCAGAGUACUACACCACAACUGAAGCAAUGGUGGCUCCAGAGACACGGGCAUUAAUAAGCUGGAUGCAGGACAUUCCAUUUGUCCUGAGCGCUAACCUGCAUGGAGGAGAGCUGGUGGUCACUUACCCGUUUGACUGCACUCGAGACUGGAUCCCUCAGCAGGACACACCUACAGCAGAUAACGACUUCUUUCGCUGGUUGGCAGCUGUCUAUGCUUCCAGCAAUCUGGUCAUGGCAAACCCUGACCGCAGGAUGUGUCAUUUUGAGGACUUUCAGCAGCACAACAACAUUAUUAAUGGAGCUGAUUGGCACACUGUACCAGGAAGUAUGAAUGACUUCAGCUACCUGCACACGAACUGUUUUGAGGUGACUGUAGAGUUGUCGUGUGAUAAAUUCCCUCAUGCCAGUGAGCUUCCUACUGAAUGGGAGAAUAACAAGGAGUCUCUUUUGCUGUACAUGGAGCAGGUGCACAGAGGUAUAAAAGGUGUGAUAAGGGAUAAAGACUCGAAGAAAGGUAUUGCAAAUGCUAUAGUUAAAGUUGAAGGCGUGGACCAUGACAUCAGAGCAGCUGUUGAUGGCGAUUACUGGCGCUUGCUGAACCCAGGCGAGUAUAGCGUAAUUGUGUGGGCAGAAGGCUACUUCCCUGUAAAACGCCACUGCACUGUGGGUUCCGAACCACGGGCCACUAUCUGUGACUUCAACCUCACAAAAACCCCACAAGAACGAAUCAAGCAGAUUCUGGCCAAGGGUGGGAAGAUCCCGCGGGACGACCAGCUCCGCAUCCGAGCCCUGCGAAUGCGCAAACUCAGAGUGAGCACCAAGAUUGUGAACCGCCGGAGAGAGCAGCAGCUACGUCGUGCCAAAACCAGGAGGAAGUGAUAAACACACAGCCAAUCACAACACAAACAAAUGAGCCAGGCAUUACUUACAGAAUCUGAGUCAGAAGAUGGCUUGUGAAUGAGUCUUACUAUACUGACAUGCUGCACACGUUCUUCUGGCUUGAGACUAACGACUCACAAUGCUGUUAGCUAAAACUAUUCAUUAUCAAAUGUAUAGAGCGAAUGUAUAGUUUCAUUCUUUACAUUAGGACUACCCUUGAUGUGAUCUUCAUAAUCUGAUGGCUGGUUUCCUGAAUCAAGGUUAGUUCUGAUUGCAUCAACGAUAUUUUAAUUAAUUUCAUGACGUGGAUUAAUCAAUGAGUAAAAUCCAGCACUGUUUUUUAUGGUUGAUGCAAAGGUAGUUGACUUUUUUGAAGGUGUAGCUGGUUUCUACAAUCUUUUUUUCUACAAUCUUUUUUAUUAAUA